AUGUCCCACCAGAGAAAUCAGGUCUUAAAGGAGAAGCUUGCCAUUUUGGAAAAUGAGAAAAUCCUUUAUUUAUAUUACAAGCAACCAGCCUCCAUUCUUAGUUUACCUAGGAGCUCUCCAGAGGUUACCUAUUUCACAAAAACUGAAAAUAUUUCACCCCUAUUUUCCUUUCUUUCAGGUUUCAAGUGCCCCAUUUGCUCCAAGUCUGUGGCUUCUGAUGAGAUGGAAAUGCACUUUAUAAUGUGUCUGAGCAAACCUCGCCUCUCCUACAAUGAUGACGUGCUGACUAAAGACGCGGGUGAGUGUGUUAUCUGCCUGGAGGAGCUGCUUCAGGGGGACACAAUAGCCAGGCUGCCCUGCCUGUGCAUUUAUCACAAAAGUUGCAUAGAUUCAUGGUUUGAAGUGAACAGAUCUUGUCCAGAACACCCUGCGGACUGACCCUGCUGAGCUUGCUUGCUGGCUCCUCUCAAAGGGACAGCCAGCCCCUGUUCCCAAGAGGAGUGCUGGACACUGGGCAGAGCUACGCUGGGGACACCAGUGGGAACAGGACACCCCUCCUGCACUGACUCCAGAGAAUGGUUCUCCCUUUCUCCCUGAAGACAUCAAAUUGGACGAGAGCAAGUUAGAGAGAAGAAUCAACUGCUACCCUUCCCCUCACCCCUCAUCCUAGGAGGGAAAGGGCAUUUUCUUUUCCACUGCUGAAAAAGGCGUUAUGGGUCUGUCUCUAAAGUGUUUACAAAAAAAAAAAAAAUUAUAAAAAAAAAAAGUCUAGUGUCGACUGGUGUUUCCCCUCGUGAUGUUUACAGAUUGCUGUCUGCUGUCCAGCUAGAACCCACUCAGUGACAGAAACAAGCAGAACCAGGUUCUCACCACCCUUGUUCUGAUGGCCUGGCACCCUCGCCGGCCUUCCAUCACCAACCGCUCGGCCUUGUUUUCUUUUUCUCACUUUCUGGCUUGGUUUUGCACCUUUACCCCCUUGGGACUCUGAUAUCUUGACUUCAUUGCCAAAAAAAAAAGCCACCACCAUCAAGGACCUUAUCACCCACCAUCCCUAUUUCUUCUCCCCUCUUUUCCUUCUGGUUCUGGUCAGUUCAAAGGACUUAAACAAUCACAAGUGUCCUACAAAAAUGCCUGAACAUUUUUCUUAGGCCCUUGUGGAUUUUCAUUUUCCAGAAAAACAAAAGACUUAUUAAAGGAAUAUGUGCAGCCACCCAUUUUCAGGCACUCUCUGUUUGAGGACAUCUUAGCCAUUGAUGUUCACACGUGGCAUCAGCCCAUGCAAGAUAGGUUUCUGUAUUUAUAUAUUAAAAUACAUACACAAAGAAAACCUUAUGUUUAAAAAAAAUGUUCAAAGCUUGGGGGAAAAGCUUUCUUCCUUAGUCAAGGUGUUUUGAUAUGGUAUUAAAAUAAUGUCUAAUAAAAGAUGGACUGUGUGACUUUA